AUGAGACCAUUGCUUUUGCUGUUGUUUUCCUCGUUGGCUGCGUUGGCGCUAGCCGCCGGUGUCUAUGAGCACAAAUUGGUGAAAAUCGAGUCAAGAAGGAAGCGAAUGAUGAGAGAUGGAACCUGGAAGCAGCACUUGGCCAAGAAGCGAGCGAUCAAAGCUUUGCGACCGAAUCAACGAGACACUUAUCCACAAAAAGUUUACGAUUGGGAUGACGAAGAGUACCUUGGAAAUAUCACAAUGGGAACACCCGAACAACCGUUUUUGGUGGUUUUGGACACUGGUUCAUCGAAUCUCUGGGUGCCCGACUCAUCGUGUGAUGGGCCAGUGAAUUGUGCUCACUGUGUUCAACUCGGUUUCCUUUGCUCGCUCGCUUGCGAUGAUCCGAAUUGUUGCCGGGGAACCGCUGGGUCGCCAAAAAUCCGAGGAGCCUGCGAUGGGAAGAGAAAAUUCGAUCAAACUAAAUCCAGCACUUAUAAGGCAAAUGGUCGCUCGUGGAAAAUUCAAUAUGGAACGGGAGAUGCUGAGGGAUUUUUGGGUAUCGAUACUCUGCGAUUCGGUGAAGCGAACACCAAGCAACUCGUCGUCCCGGUCACCACUUUUGGACAAGCACUUGAUAUUGCUGACUUUUUUGCUGGUGAUCCAAUCGACGGAAUUCUCGGCUUGGCUUUCAACGCAAUCGCCGUCGAUGAAGUCAUUCCCCCAUUAGUCAAUGCAAUCAACCAAGGAAUCCUCGAGCAACCGAUUUUCACCGUUUACCUCAUGCACAUGUUUGAUGGAGAAAACGUUUAUGGCGGUGUGUACACGUACGGAGGAAUUGAUACGCAAAAUUGUGGAAGCCUCAUCGCUUAUCAGCCACUCACACAUGCCACUUAUUGGCAAUACAAGAUUGGGCACAUCUCCGCCGGCGGUUUCGACACGCAAGCCAACUUCUAUCAAGCGAUUUCUGACACUGGCACCUCAUUCAUUGGAGGACCCCAAUAUGACACGGAUAAGAUCGCCGCCGGAUAUGGAGCUCAAUGGGAUGAUCAGAAUGAGGUCUACCGAAUCGAUUGCAACGCAAACAUUGGGCCAUUUGCCGUAACCAUCGCUGACCAGACUUACAACAUCCAGAAAAAUAAUAUGAUCGUGCCGGGCGAGAAGAAAGGUCAAUGUUGGUUGGCUUUAUUCCCAUUCCAAUCAUUAAUGCUUCCGCCACAAUGGAUUCUCGGUGAUCCAUUUAUUAGACAGUACUGUCACGUGUUUGAUUAUGGUCGUCAACGACUCGGCUUUGCUCCAAGUAAACAGCCA